CUUCUCUCUGUCAUGCGCCCCCUUUACCUCAUUUUCUUUGCUUCCUCCCUUUGAGUCUCCCAGCACCAACAGACUUCGCCUCCUCUGUUGCGAUCAAGCGUAUAGAAGGGAAUACGCUUCUGGAGAACGUCAAGGGAAUUGAUACUUCAUCGCUCCUUCUCACCUACGAGUUACGGACUAGCCAUUUCAAUCGAGUCUGGCGCAUUCGAAUCGUACCCGACCAAGCCCGAGUCCCAGCCGUCGUCGUUGAAGCCAGUUUGCUUCACUCGCCAAGGUCCGAGUCCAUACGGCGAUUUCACCCCAAUCACCAAAAUGUCGGACAAAAAGAACGAGGACUACGAGCUUCGCAGCUCAGAGUCGUUUGGCGAGAAGGAUGGCUUCCUGUCUCGACCCCCCCCAAGGCCGAGGCCUGCGCUUGCUUCGCCAAUCAGCAAAAUCGACAACAGCCCAGGUAUCGCCAUUCUUGCCUACUGCCUCUCCUCUAUCAGUAUGACGGUCGUCAACAAGUACGUCGUGUCCGGCCAGUUCUGGAACUUAAACUUCUUGUAUCUCGCCGUUCAGUCCGUCGUUUGUAUCCUUACCAUCACUGUGUGCAAAAAUCUCGGGAUGAUAACGAACCUGGCUCCCUUCGACACCGACAAGGCAAAGAAAUGGUUCCCCGUUUCUCUACUUCUGGUCGGCAUGAUUUACACUGGUACCAAGGCCUUGCAAUUCCUCUCCGUACCCGUCUACACCAUUUUCAAGAACCUUACCAUCAUUGUUAUUGCCUACGGCGAGGUAUUGUGGUUCGGCGGCAGUGUCAGCCCCCUUGCUCUGCUGUCUUUCGGCUUGAUGGUUCUUAGUUCUGUCGUGGCCGCAUGGGCAGAUGUUGCACAUGCAUUGGGCGCUGGCUUCCAGACGGCCGAGGCUUCGGCCGCCGUUUCCACUCUGAACGCUGGGUAUGCUUGGAUGGGCAUGAACGUGUGCUGCACAGCAGCGUAUCUGCUGAGCAUGCGCAAGGUCAUCAAAAAGAUGAACUUCAAGGACUGGGAUACCAUGUUCUACAACAACUUGUUGACCAUUCCCGUUCUCAUCGUCUGCACCCUUGUGGCGGAGGAUUGGUCAUCGGCGAACAUCCAAAAGAAUUUCCCCGUCGAGACUCGCAACAGCCUUUUCAUCGGCAUGAUCUAUUCGGGCUUGUGCGCCGUUUUCAUCUCGUACUGUUCGGCGUGGUGUAUCCGCGUGACGUCGUCGACGACGUACUCGGUAGUCGGUGCUCUUAACAAGCUUCCUAUCGCCCUCAGUGGUCUCGUUUUCUUCGACGCACCGGUCACUUUUGGCAGCGUAUCAGCCAUCGUCAUCGGAUUCGUCAGCGGAAUCGUCUAUGCGUGGGCCAAAAUUCGACAGACGGAGGCUUCCAAGAUGUCCUUGCCGACGACACAGCCUAUGAGCGCGAGUGCCCAAAGCAACAGAGACGCCAACAAGUAAGCAAGUGAGUGCCGGGCAACCCUGGCGGUACUAGAGAGACGAGACGAAGUUCAGUGUGCAUUAUCAGCUAGUUAGAAGGACGUAUGCGGGUUUCUGAUAAUGGCUGUUUUCUAUAAUUCAUCUUGGACAAUGAUGCAGAUGCUGAAUGCGCAUUGCGAAACAACUUGCAUGGCUGGUAUCACGUGCCAACCUCUUCUGUUUGACUGAAGAAAACAAAUCACCAUGUUGUACAGUAGUGUAUUCCUGCGGUCGGGGCUUACAUGGCGUGGGGGAUGAGGAGGAAGAGGCACAUGAUGGCAUGACAUGGAAUGGGGUAUUAAAAUAGCUCACAAUGAGGUUCUCAUUUGUUUACGACGAGAUACGGCGGUGACGCCUUUACGGCAACAUUCCUUUAAUAUCACGAAUCAGGUUCCCUACUCCAGCGAUUGUGACGCGACUUUGCCUAAGGGAGUAGCAUGGAAUGAAUGUUGAGUUGAGUUACAGCUGGGCGUCAGGGAUU